AUGGCGGCCGUAUUGCGCCUACUCAGACCGUCUCUGGCAAAAACUCCACCUCCCUUUGCUGAGAGCGACGACGUCUAUCCCGUUCUUAUGCUAGACAACACCAAGACGCUGCGAGACAUUGUCGUCACAUGGACGCUGUGCUUCAACGAUGUGCUGGAUGCGGACAACUUGUACGCAUCACUGUCAAAGCUAUUGGAGAUUGGCGACUGGAGGAAGGCCGGGGGGCGGCUGCGGUUAAAGGUUACCUCUUGUUUUGAUAAUCUGCUGAUUGGCCAGCAGAAUAGAGAGCUGGAAAUUCAUAUCCCGCGGGCCUUUACGGCAGAACGUCCUGCUGUGUACUACACCCACCAAGCCCUAGACAUGAAUAUUGAAGACCACCCGCUGGCGAAGUCCCUCCCGAAAGCCACUGAAGCCCCGUCCAUCCAACCUGGGCCCCAGGUCUUUCGAGCUUUUGCGGCUUGUGAAAAUGCGCCGGAAAAGCUUGAAGACUUCAUCUACCAGGACCCCAACUGUCGCUCCAUAUAA